AUGGUCGGUCGUAUCGAGUCCUUACGUGAUGCUCUCGAAUUGGUUCAGUUUGAGAGCAUGUACUUCGUUCUUGCUAUAUUGGUGGGCAUCUUGGGUGCCACCACGAGUUAUCCGGUAGCGCAAACGCAAUUUUCAUCCGCUAGCUCGAGCGGUGCUGGAUCACAGGGUUUCGGGUUUGGCGACCCAAGUGGUGCUGGUUUCGGUGGAGGUGCAGGAUUUCCUGGACCAGGGUUUGCCGGUGCGGGAUUCCCUUUCUUUUCACCUCAGGCUGGAACAGGCCCUGGCAUGGGAUUUCCACAGUUCGCCGGAUUCCCCCCGAUGGGCUCGUUUAACUUCGGCCCACCUCAGGGACCGGGUGGUGGUUUCUCAACAUCGGGAUCGCAGUCCUUCGCCAGCAGCAGCUCAUUCGGCGGUGGACAAACCGGAGCCCAGUCCGGUAGCAGCGCUGGAGCAAGCUCACAAUCAACGGGACAUCACCAACCACCGCAACACGGUGUAAUCGGCACUGGCAGCUCGGGAUCGACACACACCGAGCAACAACCCGAUCAGGGCUUCAUUGGGACGUCCAGUGGGGCGGGUAGUUCCAGCCAGGGUCAGCCGAACCACGGUCCACACGGUGGACAAAGUUCUAGCGGUGCUGGAGCACAAUCGCACAGUGCCGGUGGACAUGGACAGGGUGGUUCUGCUGGAGCUGCUAGUGGUGCCCAGUCCACCGGAUCUUCGUUCGGGCCAGGUGGACGCCAUACGGAGCUAAACUUCGGUAGCGGCUCCGGUGAUAACUUUGGUGUGCGCAUCAGUACGGAUGAAUCGGCCGAUGGAACGCAUAAAAAAACUGAAACCUCGUCGUGGGUAUGGAACUAG